UCUGUAUCCAAUCUGUAUCGUAAAUAAGACGCAACCACAUCGGUAUUUCUCAAUCAAAAUCGUUUCAAUACCAAUGACCUGCUAGUGAAAGGUACUCAGUACUUGUACACUUCGCUAGAGGUCCCCCAGCAAUGGCGGGUCCAAGUUCCCAGACCGAACCCGCGCCGACACGAGACCAAGAGACAGAGCCGAGGCCUCGGCCCCGCCAUUGCUUGUGUUCCCCGGCGAGACUUCUCUCGGACCAGACAGAUUCCCAAAACUAAACGUUAUGUACCUUAACACAAUCCACACUCGCUGAUAUCGCUCAAGCCAUCUCAAGUCGCGCGCGCAUUGCGCACCCUAGUCCCACGGCGACCCGGCCAUGGCGUCCAUGCUAGAGUUUCGCACGCCGGGCUUCAACCCGUAUGCCGUCAAGUACUCGCCCUACUACGACUCGCGACUCGCCGUUGCCGCCUCAGCCAACUAUGGCAUCGUCGGCAACGGCCGCCUCUUUGUGCUCGGCCUGGGCCCGGCCGGCAUUCAGCCCGAAAAGACAUUCGACACCAACGAUGCCCUCUACGACCUCGCCUGGUCCGAAAUCAACGAGAACCAGCUGGUUGUCGCAUGCGGCGAUGGUUCUCUCAAGCUGUUUGACCUGGCUGCCGGCGACUUCCCCGUCAUGAAUUUUGCCGAGCACAAACGCGAGGCCUUUUCCGUCUGCUGGAAUCCAAUUGCUAAAGACAGCUUCAUCUCAAGCUCGUGGGACGGCACCGUCAAAAUCUGGUCCCCCUCGCGCCCAACAUCCCUCAAGACCCUCCCGGUCGGCAACUGUACCUACUCGGCCUGCUUCUCCCCAACCAACCCGGCCAUCAUCUCGUGCGUCUCCUCCGACUCGCACAUCCGCAUCUUCGACCUGCGCACGCCCGUCAGCGCAAAGUACCACCUCACCACCGUCAUCCCCGCCCACGCGCCACCACCGAUGCAGAGCCCGACCCUCCCCCUUCUCUCGACAGGCCAGACCUUUGCCGGCGCCGCGCCCUCCGAGAUCCUCACGCACGACUGGAACAAGUACCGCGACACGGUGCUCGCGACCGGCGGCGUCGACCGCGUGGUGCGCACCUUUGACGUGCGCAACCCGGCCGGUGGCCCCAUCGGCGUGCUGCUCGGUCACGAGUACGCCGUGCGCCGGCUCGCGUGGAGCCCGCACGCCAGCGACGUGCUCGCGAGCGCGAGCUACGACAUGACGGUGCGCGUUUGGUCCGACGGGUCGGCGGUACCACAGCCACCACCACCGCCGCAACAACAACAACAGCAACACCCACAAGCCAGUACGAUAAUACCCGUCGGGACACAGCUUGGCGUCAUGAACCGGCAUUCCGAGUUCGCGACGGGCGUCGACUGGUGCCUAUUUGGCACCGGCGGCUGGCUGGCGUCGGCCGGGUGGGAUCAGAGGGUGCUUGUCUGGGACGCGCAUACCCUGCUGAGGGGGUGAUACCUGUGUUUUACUGUACCUGUACAUCGAAGGCUGUGGGCGGAUUGACCGUUGGGGACUGGCCGGAAGUGAAGGAACAAUGUCACACUGUAAUAGUAUCCGUGUGUCUGUGUGGAGAAGGAUACGAUACGAUGAUACCCCGCUUUGGAGAAGGUAUGAGGAAGGAGAGUUCAGAGGAGGGGGGAUUCGGCGCAGCGCGAUUCGGGCUUUGGAAACGUCAGGUUAGGCGGGAUAAGGGAGGGCUGGGGUAUGAAAAGGGGAAUGGCGUUGACCAGAGCCCUGAGCAUGAGAUUGGGUUUGACCUCGAGGAGAAAACUUGGCGUUCUGGCAAGACUGGGCAAUACUUGUGCAAUCUCCAUGCCUGGGGAACAGUGUAGAAUGUAGAGUAAGGUAGCGAUGCACAUAAACCUACCCUACCUUGGAACCUAUACCAAGUCCAAGGCUUCGAUCACAUCAACGAAAAACACUAGCUCGAAUCCCAAGGCUGUC